AAAAGAGGCGAAAGCGUGUUUUGUUCCCCUGCUUCAGACACCCUUGCGCGCGUUUGUCCAGCUCUAUGUACUCCUACACUUGCGCGGCCAACCCCACAGUGUCCGAGUCGGGAGAGGUGCAUCGCUUGGUCUCGGAUGCCUUGCAAGAAAGCCAUGAGAAGUUCAUGCGGCGCUUAGACCAGUGGCUCACCCAAUUGGAAUGUCGGCUUCACUUGGACGACGCUUACCUCUAUGAGGCGGAUAUCAUGAAGACGACCAGCCAUGCCAGCAUGAAGACGACCAGCCAAGAGAGUGAGCCGGAGACGGCCAGCCCUUCGGUCGCCCACGAGACCGGGCACGGUGUUGGCAGCCAUGAGCUCCGCAUGGAGCGGCGCAUCUCCGAAUCCAGCUAUGACCUGGCCAAGAAAGAGGCCUCAAAGAUUGAGGUGCGCAAGGAGCUAUACUCGAAGAGCAUGCUGAGUGACGCCAAGCCGAAGAGCUGCUUCGAUCGUGUUUGCCCGCGCUACAAGAAGAUCCAGUCCUUCCUACGGCCCAUCGUGAAGAAUCCCAAGUUCGAGAUGUUCUUCGCGGUGAUCUUGGUGGCCAACUCGUUGUAUAUUGGAGCUCAACUACAAUAUAUGUCCACGAGUCAAAGCACCAGGUUCGAGCCGGCCUUCAUGAUUGCCCAUGUGAUUUUUGCCAGCCUCUUUACCCUGGAAUGCAUGCUAGAGCUGGUUGGCCUGGGUAUUCGGAAGUUCCUCUUCUCUGCUGGUUGGUUUUGGGGCUGGUUGGACGUGUUGGUGGUGAUCAGCGCCUGGAUGGAGUUUGCGUUGGACAUUACCAGUCAAAGCAGCUCCGGGUCCAACACCGGCGUACGUAUCUUGAAGGUCUUCCGCUUCACUCGGCUUCUACAGGGGCUGCGGUCCUUGCGGAUCAUCCGCUUCGUGGGCGGCCUGAGGAUAUUGGUGGUCUCCAUGUUUGACGCCACCAGGGCACUGUCUUGGGCUUUGCUGUUGUUUGCGCUGGUCGUCUAUGUCUUCGGAGUGGUCUUCUCAAACGCAGCCUUAGAUUCCUUGCCAUCAGGGGAUGCACACCCCGAGCUCGUGAAGUAUUGGGGCAGCGUCGACCGCGCCAUCGCAACGCUUUACAGGUCGAUUCUGGGCGGCUUGGAUUGGGGUGACGCCGCCGACGCCUUGCUGGGCACGAACAACAUCAUUUGGGUGCAUGUGUUUUAUUUCUACAUUGGCUUCAUAUGCCUUCUCAUCCUCAAUGUGAUGACUGGCGUCUUUUGCAAUAGCGCGAUCCGCGCGGCCGAGCACGACCAUGACAUCAUGAUGCAAAACCGACAUCGCUUCCGGAACAUGGCCACCAACCUGUUCCAGAAGAUGGACGACAGUGGUUAUGGAUCCAUCACCAUCGAUGAGUUUGAGAAGCUUUUCGAAGAUGAAGACAUGCAGGCCUUCCUUGAUUCCAUCGAGAUCUCAGCCACGGACGCUUGGACGCUCUUCGCCAGUUUGGACAUCGACGGCGAUAAGGUCAUUAGUGUGGAGGAGUUUACCGAAGGCUGCUUGAAGUUGCAUGGCCCGGCGCGAUCCGUGGAUUUGUAUGCCUUGCGGCAGCAGAACGUGAAAAUGCGGGAGCAGAUGCACCAGAUGAGCCAGUCACAAAACCGUAUCGUCGAAGCGAUUCGAGCGAGAGCCAUUUUGACCGUCUAAGACGGACUCGAGAAUUGGCAAACAUCAAUAGAAUGGCAACUGCUUUUGAACAAAAGUAGUGCAUGAGACAGCUUCACCUCUUGUCCGCACUCAGAUCACCAGCGAGAUUUUGCGGGAGCUUGGGGACUUUGGAGAUCUCGGC